ACCGAUGAUCUCAUACUGAAUGAUGGCGUCCUUUGGGACACUCGGAGCGCAACUCCUGUCCAUAAAUUUGAUAAAUUCAAUCAACAUAUUAAUGGAGUCUUUCAUCCGAACGGUCAGGAAAUUCUGUCCAAUUCUGAGAUCUGGGACAUCAAAACAUUCCAUCUCUUGAAGACAGUGCCGGCAUUGGAUCAGUGUCGAAUUAAAUUCAAUAAUAUCGGAGAUGUUAUAUACGGAGCUGUGUUCGAAGAGGAGAACUCUGAAGAAGACGAUCAGUCAAAGAGUCCGUUCUGUUCGUCGUUCCGCACAUUCGAUGCCUACGACUACACAAAUAUAGCGACCAUUGAU